AUGGCGAUACUGGAUGCCCAACCUGUCGCCUUACCAUUCACAAAUCCAGAAACGACAGCAGCUAUUGAAGUUCUCAUAGAGGAGACUGACAGACUAGCAGGAUAUAUUUUAAGACGUCCAAGUACCCUAAACCCUGUUGAUUUUGUUGUACUUGUUACAGUUAAUGGAACAGUUACCCCACAAACUUCACAUGUUUGGUACAAUGGUCAACUCUUUGACUCGCUUCAAUCAUUAAGAGAUGCUUGGUUAAAAGGAGACGUAGAGAAACUUCACGUGCCACUUCCGUCUCAUCCUCUUCCUUGUAAAGCUUUUCAGAAGUAUCCACAAAGGCCUCCACCUCAAGUGGAACCGGAUGGAAAACGUUACUCCAUCAAAGGACAGUCAGUUCACUACAUGAACUGGGAUUUUCAGUUUGGAGUAUCCCCUACUCAUGGUCCUCAGUUGUAUCAAAUUAAAUUUGAAAAAGAACUGAUCGUUUAUCAGUUAGAUUUAUCAGAGAUGACUGUUUUUUAUUCAUCUUCUGAACCUAUAGGUAGAUUUGCUAACUUCUUCGAUAGUGUCGUUUUGAUUGGAAACAACAUUCAGACAUUGGUUCCAGGCGUUGAUUGUCCAAGUCAUGCAACUUUUGCUGAUUCAAGAUUUAUGUCCGAAACGUCAGACAUGCCAGUUGUGAAAGAAAACUCAAUAUGCGUCUUUGAACAGAAUACUGGAACGCCACUACGACGACAUUUUGUAGCAGACCACUCUCGGUCUGGCUAUUACGAAGGUGCACCUAAUACUGUACUUGUUCUUCGAAUGAUUUUUACUCUUGUCAAUUAUGACUAUAUCUAUGACUUUAUGUUCUACCAUAAUGGAGCUAUAAAAACAAAAGUAACGAAAUCAGGGAUUGAUUUGCCGUCGUAUGUCCAAGGCACUUGUAUGUAUGGUUUCCAAAUAAACAGACAAUCAACCGGCCUCCUUCAUCAGCAUAUGUUUAUUUGUAAGAUAGAUAUUAACAUCGGGGGAACAAAAAAAAGUUACUCUACUUAUGACAUACGAGAGGAAAGCGUUCCUAACAAAUUUCCAGCAUCGCCGGAGAUCUGGUACCAAGCUAAAAUUGUAAAAGUCAAUUACACUACAGAGAGAGAAGCAGCAUAUAGGUACAAUUUCAACAAACCAAAAUACCAUGUUUUCUACAAUAAAGAAAAGAGAGAUAGGUUUGGGAAUCCUAGGGCCUAUUGGCUAAUCCCGGAGGGAAUUGCCAAAAGUGUCUUCAAAGAAGGAGAAGGGAACGAGCCCGGUGCAUCCUGGAUGAGAUAUCAAUUGGCGGUCACAAAGAGGAAAGAAAAUGAACAAUACAGCAGCUCUAAAUACGGUACAUUCGACGGAGAAGACAGGACAAUUAAUUUUGAAAAUUUGGGAAUUCGAGACGGUGUAGAGAUAUUUUAUGAUGACCCAAACGGUCCAUUAAAGAUAGAGUCUAACAGGAAAGAGGUUGACUGUGUACCAAAGAGAACUUACACCGUGGAGGAUUUGGCAGAAGACCCAGAAGAGUUUCUGCCUCGACCUAAUUAG